AGUAAAUAAUGAUGAAAGAGAAGUAAUGAUUAGAAUAAGUCAUUGGCUGUCAAAGUAGCUGUCAAAAUUGUCAUGCAAAAAUCGAGAACUGAGUUGAAAUUUGUCCAGAGUUAUAUCAUCACUUGGUAUCGACUAGUUUUGGCGAUUUUUUGACUCGGUACUUCUACGGAGAACGAUGGCUGCAAAACGAUUCUGGGCAUCCUUUUUCCCAAUCGUGAAGGCUCAGGAAGAGGACGUUGUUGACCCACAGGCUGUGCUCCGGGAAAAGUGUGCUGAACACGGAAAGGCCCCACAGCUAUGGGAAAAGUACCAGACCUGCAACGAUCGCGUCAACGGACGAUCAAAUACUACCGAGACCUGCGUUGAAGAGCUUUUCGAUUAUCUCCACGAAUUGGACCAUUGUGUAACGCACACUUUGUUCUCCAAGUUGAAGUAAGCACUUUGAAGCACAGUGUGGAGGCUAACAACCGUUUAUUUAGUUAUACUAUGGCCAUCAAACGGAACAAAACUCUGGCGUUUCAAAUAGUUGAAUACCCCACUGAAAUAGCCCCGUGAAUAAAGCCUUCUAUUUAAUUCGUGGAUA